UUUUUUACCAAAGAAGGAGGAAGAUAAAGGAGUAUCCUCUUUGAGCAGAGGGCCUCAGAACCCAAUGUUCCAUAAAAGAGAGGUUAUUAAUUAUAUAAUGUUGUUUUUGAAUUCUAGCAGCUUGUGAAUUUUUUAAUUGGACAUUUGAUAAUCGAUAGCGUCCUUUAUCCGAUGCUAACGAUGGGUGGUCACGGACAUCAUCACGAACCACUAUAUAAAAUCCCCAGUGCUGAUAUCUAUAAACUUGAGGAUGCACCAGAGCUCGUGAAGCUUCAGGAGAAACUAGCUAAAAAAGGACUAAAGGAUCCCUGGGCGAGGAACGACGUAUGGCGUUAUCAGAAAAAAUUCGGGACCCCUUGGUCAAGAUUGGGUUGGAUGAUGUUCAGAGGUGUACCAACCGGUGUCAUAGCAUUUGGCAUAACCUUGGUGAUUGAGAAUGCCCUGGGGAUUGAUUAUCACCCUUGGCACCAUCAUGAUCAUCAAGAGCACGGAAAGUCUCAGUAGAGAAUCUUGAUGAUUUAAAUUGGUGUUGUGUAGUUCCUAAACAUGGAGUUCAAAUAAAAUAAAUAAUUGCUUGAAAAUGUUUAAGAUA